GUUGAACUGUGGACAACAUGGACGCAAAACUUGCCCAGUUUGCGGCUCUGAACCAGAAGGACAAGGCACCAGCAUACACUUCCUUGGUCCCAGAGGUCCUCACCCAACCACCGCCCUCAAUCCCAAACGACGUCCGCACUCUUCUCGAUGCCGUCGUGGUUCGCGAUGUAGGGGGGAUCGUGGUUGCCAGAACCGUGUUAUCAGAACUUGUUAAACUCUUGGGAGAGGGCACUAUCAAAGACCAUGACAUCCGGAGACGGGUUAUCGAAGAAACUCUGGAAACCAUCCAACCCCGGCUUGUUAGCUAUGAGGAACAGGCCAACAACUUGCGAUUCCAGCUUGCAGAUAUCCUGGAAGACGAGGAAGAUUGGAGUGGUGCUGCCAGAGUGCUGAUGGGGAUUUCUCUCGAUUCGGGUCAGCGAACCACAGGAGACGCAGACAAGUUUAAGGUCUACGUCCGGAUCGUUCGUUUGCUCCUGGAAGAGGAGGACUCUGUACAGGCAGAAACGUAUUAUAACCGAGCAGCGCUGCUUGUCCACUCGAUCAGCGAACGGGAGAUACUGCUCCAAUUCAAACUCUGCCAGGCCCGUAUCAGUGAUUACAGUCGUAAAUUCCUAGAAGCUGCCAGCCGAUACCAUGAACUCAGCUAUGUCGGAGAAAUCGACGAGGAAGAACGACGACACAUGCUAUCUGCAGCAGUGACAUGUGCCGUACUUGCUCCAGCUGGACCCAACAGAUCUCGCGUUCUUGCGUCUUUAUACCGCGACGAACGAACAGCAGAGCUUCCCACAUACAAUGUCCUAUCUAAAAUGUUUCUCGAUCACAUCUUACGCCCUGCAGAGAUCAAGGAGUUCGAACGAACGCUCAAGCCCCACCAACUGGCCAAGAUUGCAAUUUCUUCCAAUGACAAACUUGCCUCUGUGAGCCAUGACGACGACGAUGGUACGACGAGCACGAGGACGGGUCCUUCUACAGUAUUGGACAGGGCAGUCAUGGAGCACAAUCUCCUUGCAAGUUCCAACAUCUACAACAACAUCACGUUCCGCGGUUUGGGCGCUUUGCUUGAUCUGACUCCUGGCGCUGCCGAAACCAUGGCGAGAAAGAUGAUUGAACAGGGCCGGCUACGGGGACACAUCGACCAAGUUGACAAACUCAUUUGGUUCGAGGGCAAGAAGGAAGAGGAUGAUGCACAAGGCAAGGCAGGCGGUUUGGGCGAUGUAGAAGAGGCAGAGGACACAGGAUCCCCGUUCACGAAGCGAUGGGAUAAUCAGAUCCGGCUAACGGCAGCCCAUGUUGAAUCUAUCGUCCAAAACCUGACAGAAAAGGGCUUGGUUUCUCUCAUGCCGUUGACCGCUUGA